AUGCAUUCCGACACUCUUCGUUUCGACCUUGAGAAGAUACCGGGAACGGACAUGGCCUUGACUGAGCCUUUUGUUUCGAGCUGUUACUCUACGAGCGAUACUACGGCUAGUAGUGCUAGUCCACAGACGAGUGGGUCUGCCACAGCUCCAUCGGCGAAGGAGUCGCUUCAAUUUCUGGACACCUCUGAGAAAUGUCGGUGCUUUGGGGUUGAGGGUCCGCGUCCUGAAGAGGUACCCUCGUCCCCGUCGCCGCUGGUACUUCAGCCGGUUCAGCCUCCGGAUGGAGAAGGUUUGGUUGGUGAGGAGGACUCGACGCUUUCGCCGUCUUUGGGUCUUUUGCUGGAAUCGUUUCUGGGUGAUGGGCCGAAUGAGGGCAAUAAAUUUGCUCAUCUGCAUACCUCUACGCUAGAUCAUGUCUCUGCCGUAAUGCCGGGCGACACUGUGCCUGAGCAUAUCAGUUUCCCUCAGCUGGCUUCCAUACCAGAGGAACUGGCGGAAGACGAUACCACCAGAGAAACGAGUAUUGAAACAACAUUGCCACCAAUUUCUCAGAUUACUUCCGAUAUACCGAAUGCCAAUUUUGCUCCAGAAGCACCAGUGCUAUGGAUAGCGCCAACAGUGCAGACCGCUUCGUUAGAGCCAGCAAUUACUAGCACACUGCAACCGCAAUACGCUUCGAUAACUUCCAUCUUCACACAGCCUGAAGAACAGUAUGGCCAGUCGCAAGGCCCUGAGUCAAACGAGCACAAUACAGAAGACACGGGAGAUACUUCCUCCACGGCAUCAAACGGCGAAAAUAGCUCUGUUUUUGAAGAAGACUACCACUCCGACACAUCGAUCUAUACAGCCUCCCUCCUCUCCGAUGUGAAAGACUACUGCUACGAAAACGGCCGCCGAUACCACUCCUACCGCGAAGGCCACUACGUCCUGCCCAACGACGAGGCCGAACAAGACCGACAAGACCUUCUCCACCACGUCCGCAACCUCGUCCUCAACGGCUCCCUCUUCCGCGCCCCAGUCGGCCAAAACAUGCAACGGGUCCUCGACAUCGGCACGGGCACGGGAAUCUGGGCCAUCGACCUCGCAGACAGUUAUCCCAGCGCCGAAGUAAUCGGCACCGACCUAAGUCCCAUUCAACCAUCCUGGGUCCCGCCCAACCUCCGCUUCAUUGUCGACGACGCCGAAUCACCCUGGCUCUUCAGCGCCAGCCGCCCCUUCGACUUCAUCCACGCCCGUGAUCUUGGCGGCGCUAUCGCCGACUGGUCCCGGCUGCUUCAACAGGCAUACCGGCACCUGCGACCGGGCGGGUGGAUCGAGCUGCAGGAAUUCGAGGUAACGCUCCGAUCAGAUGAUGAAUCUUUGCGUUUGGCGCCGACGUUGUGCGAGUUCCUCGGUCGACUGCAUGCGGCCAGCGAGGCGUUUCACCGACCCAUGAACAUCGCCGAGGGUCAUCGGCAGCGGCUGAUCGAGGCGGGUUUUGAAGCGGUAAGAGAUGAGGUGUACAAGGUCCCCUCUAACGCCUGGCAUGAAGACCCUGUUCAAAAACAGAUCGGUCGGUAUAAUCUUUGCUCAUUGUUGAUGGCAGUUGAGGCCUAUUCGCUGGCUCUCUUUACUCGCGUCUUGGGAUGGUCGAACAAUGAGACCCAGGUGUUCCUAGCGGGCGUGCGUAGGGAUUUGAGGAAUCCAGAUGUGCAUACUUAUUGCAAUUUGCAUGUGGUGUAUGGUCGCAGGCCGUGGUAG